CCGGAACCCGCGUCUCCCAUCCGGCGAGCCCAUCAGCUGAGGGGCGUGGGAACUGGCCAAUCAGUGGCGGUCGGGGGGCGGGACUGCCGCCUAUUGGUCCGUAGGCUCCGCUCUCGGCCGGGCCGGGCGGGAGCGGCGGGAUGGCGGCGGCGGAGCCCGGAGGCCUGUCCGGAACCCCGCAAGUCAUUCUCGUCCUUUCGGGAAAGGGGGGUGUCGGCAAGAGCACCCUGUCCGCAGAGCUGGCGCUGGCCCUGCGCCACGCAGGUAAAAAGGUGGGGCUCCUGGACGUGGACCUGUGCGGCCCCAGCAUUCCCCGCAUGCUGCGCGCGCAGGGCCGGGCCGUGCACCAGUGUGAUGGUGGCUGGGUGCCAGUCUUUGCCGACGCCGAGCAGAACCUGUCGCUCAUGUCCGUGGGAUUCUUGCUGGAGCAGCCCGAUGAGGCCCUGGUGUGGCGCGGCCCCAAGAAGAAUGCGCUGAUCAAGCAGUUUGUGCGGGAUGUGGCCUGGGGCCCCCUGGACUUCCUGCUCGUGGACACGCCGCCCGGCACCUCGGAUGAGCACAUGGCCGCCGUGGAGGCGCUGCGCCCCUACAGCCCCCUGAGCGCCCUCGUGAUUACUACACCCCAGGCAGUGUCCGUGGGGGACGUGCGGCGGGAGCUGACUUUCUGCAGGAAGACCGGGCUGCGGGUGCUGGGGGUCGUGGAGAACAUGAGCGGCUUUGUCUGCCCACAUUGCUCGGAGUGCACCAACGUCUUCUCUCAGGGAGGAGGGGAGGAGCUGGCUGGGCUCGCAGGGGUCCCCUUCCUGGGGGCCGUGCCCCUGGACCCUCAGCUCUCAAGGAGCCUGGAGGAAGGGGGCGACUUCCUGCGGGACUUCCCCGACAGCCCCGCCUUCCCUGCGCUCUCUUCCAUCGCCCGCCAGAUUCUCGACCGAAUGCCCAUUGUGUGCUCAUGACCAGGCGCAGCUGAGCACUGUUUGAGGAGCCCACUCCUGGUGCUCUCGGCCACCCACCUGCCUGUGCUGUGUCCCAGAUGGACAGGAGACAGGGGACAGUGUGUGGGCCUGGCAGCACCAGAAA